GUCAGUACCUGACCAGCCGAGCUGUGGUUCGUACGUCGGAUUGCGUGUGGCCGGCAGUAACAGCUUGGUCACCAUGCCUCGGUGGGAGACGGCUUGUGUAUUAAUAAUAAUAAUAACAAUCAUCAGCAGCAUAUAAUUUAUUCAGAGUUCACGGAAGAAAUCAUUACUCUGAAUGUGUUUUUUCUGUACUGUGAGUAAAAUGUUGUCUAAAUAAAGAUCUGUGGGGUGGGAAGGACCUCGACCAGAGGAAGACCUCGACCAGAGGAAGGCCUCGACCAGAGGAAGACCUCGACCAGAGAAAGACCUCGACCAGAGGAAGACCUCGACCAGAGGAAGACCUCGAGGUAAACUGAGUGAGUUAUAUAACUACGACCUUCACCACGAACAGUUCUCGUGAUUCUAUUGACAAAUAAAUCCCAGUGAAGUUUGUGUUGCAGGAGAGGAUGCAGAGCACCACAGCUGCCUCCAGGCCUCCUCCAGGAGUCGCCUUCAACAUCAAGAACAAGUUGGAUCGGUGUCUUAGUAGGAAGACACUGUACCGACGUCUGCCCUUCCUUACCUGGCUCAGGAGCUACAACACAGAAUGCCUGAUGGGGGACCUGAUAGCUGGCUUCACCGUUGGCCUCAUGAUGAUACCCCAGGCGCUGGCUUACGGUCUCGUAGCUGGUCUUCCUCCAAGUUAUGGGCUGUACUCUGCCUUCAUUCCCUGCUUCGUAUACUUCCUGCUGGGGUCGACCAGUGAGCUCAGUAUCGGACCAACAGCCAUCAUGUCCAUCAUGACGUACCAGUAUAGCGGUCAGGGCGGGGGUGACUAUGCUGUUCUCCUCGCCUUUAUGGCUGGCAUCAUAGAACUGGUCGCUGGCAUCGUCAACUUAGGGUUUAUCAUCAACUUCAUCUCUCAGCCAGUCAUCAGUGGGUUCACCUCAGCUGCAGCUAUCAUCAUAGCUUCGUCCCAGCUUAAGCUACUGUUUGGUCUUCGUCUCAAGACCAAAGGGCUGAUCGACACUUGGGUGAAAGUCUUCUCAAAUAUCCAAGAUUUACGAUGGCAGGACCUCACACUCGGCCUCAUCUGCAUUGUCGUCCUCUUCCUCCUGAAGGAGGUUCGCAGUGUGCGGUGGUCGUGUCUGGACAACAACAGUCGUAGUCUGCGUCAGCGGGUUUUAAGAAAUACUAUUUUCUAUCUCUCUGCUGGACGCAAUGCUAUUGUUGUUAUUAUUUCUUCCGUCAUCGCCUAUUACCUCGACGGGGAUGAACAGCCAUUUAUAAUUUCAGGUUACGUGGAGCCUGGAAUCCCAGCUGCUUCUCUUCCACCAUUCUCCACUGAGAUCAAUAACCAGACCAUAACAUUUACGGAGAUCAUGAGCGACAUUGGCAUUGGUUUAGUAAUGGUGCCAUUCAUUGCCAUUCUUGACCUUAUUGCCAUUGUCAGUGCCUUUGCUAAAGGAAGAACCUUUGAUGCUACACAAGAGAUCAUCGCUUUAGGCCUCGCCAAUGUAAUUGGAUCCUUUUUUGGCUAUAUUCCCAAAUCCACACUGGCAGCAUUAAUCAUCAGCGCUGUGUUUCAUCUCAUUGACUACGAGAUCUUGGCUCCUCUCUGGAGGAGUAAGAAGACCGACCUGAUACCUCUUAUAGCUACCUUCUUGGCCUGCCUCUUGUGGGGACUCGAGUGGGGAAUCUUGAUUGGUAUCGGUGUCAAUCUCUCAAUGCUUCUGUAUUCCAUUGCUUCACCCACCGUUAACGUGGCUGUUGUUCCAUCAAAGAAUGAUGAUAGAGGAUAUGUUCUGGUUACUCCUUGCUACGGUCUCAGUUACCCCAGCACUUCACACAUCCGUGGUGCCGUCAGGAAGGCUGGGCUCCGGCAGGCUGCUGGUUCUCUUCCUGUUGUUAUUGACUGUUCCUGCAUUGAUACCACUGACUAUACAUCAGCUAAGGGCAUAAAGGGGAUGAUAGAGGAGUUCCAUCAGCGUGGGCAGAGUCUUGUGUUCUUGGGCAUGAAGCCGAGCAUCAUCCAGAUCGUUCAAGCUCUUCACAAAGACAUCAGGAUUUGCUCCAGCUUUGAUGUUUUGUCUGAGGUCCUGGCAGAUGAUGACGCAGUGUCGGAGGUGGAAACUGUGGAAUGUACCAGCCGCCACCCAGGAGGAGACAUACUUCUUCCUGUUCUGACAUCCAAACCUUCACCUGACACCUCCACAGCUUUCCACGACCAGAUGUAGCACACCUUUACUACUAUUUUGACCAGAAAUAGUAACCCUCUUCAAGGCCGAGUAAGCGGUGAAACAGGUCAACAAGUCUGUCGAAAAUCUAGAACGCUAGAAGUCAAUGGGCAUGUAUCUUCCUCGAAGCUUCAGGAGCAUAUGUUGAGGUCCCUAGUCCAGCUCAUGUGUUGAGGUCCCAAGUCCAGCUCAUGUGUUGAGGUCCCAAGUCCAGCUCAUGUGUUGAGGUCCCAAGUCCAGCUCAUGUGUUGAGGUCUCAAGUCCAGCCCAAUGACUUUACCCUAGAGAAGGUGAUUCUGGCACUGAGUACUUAUGACUGCUGAGAGACGAAGUCCAGAAUUUCAUGUUCUCUCUGUGUGCCAAUGAGUAAUUAGAGAAAUAAGAACAUUUUGAUAAUUUCAUCCUACAACAUGGAAUGUUCACUGCAGUACUUAUUCAUCAGUAUCAGAUGAAAACCGUUAUAUCAUAGACUCAACUGAAGCAUAAGCAAUAUGCUGUCUUCACAACAGCAUAUUCUGUCUUCAUAAUAGCAUAUUACGUGUCCUUGUAACAGUAUAUUAUAUGUUCUCAUAAUGUUAUGGGAAAGAAGGCUAUAUCUGGUACAUAUUGUUGAAGGCAUCCUGGCUCUCCAUGUAUGACCAGAUAGACCAGCAGACCCAUAACGUAAUAGUGAUACAACCUUAUGUUAAUUUUCACAACCUGCUUACAUGGCAACCUCGUCAUGCAAGCAGAUAGGCUUAAUUAAAGAAUUCACUUCCAAUAGGCUGUGGAGCUCUCCAAAAUUCUGAUACAAGUUAUUUUAUACAAUGUAAGAGCGACUCUGUGCCAUGCAAAUGAUGUACAAAAAAGAGAUGAAUAAAAAAAUC